CCUAAAACGCAACCUUGAAUCUGUCAAAGCAGUCAAAGUGACCGUUCGUAACCUCCUACCGGAACUGUUCCCGCAAAACAAAUCCUCGUGUUUCAUAUACCGCAAACCAAGAAUGUCCUCUCUCGGCACUUGCGAAACCCCUGGUUGUGAAAACGGCGCCAAAUUACAGUGCCCCACUUGCCUCAAACUCGGCAUCCAGGGCUCGUUCUUCUGCUCGCAAGAGUGUUUCAAAUCCAACUGGAAGAACCACAAAAUCAUCCACACUCUAGCCAAGGGCGAACAGCCGGAUGGCAGCAAAGAGACGUCUUACAACCCUUGGCCGUAUUAUACCUUCACAGGGCGGCUGCGCCCCUUCCCCCAGACCUCCAAGCGCACUGUCCCCGGCCACAUCGGCCGGCCGGACUACGCCGACCACCCCCAGGGCUUCCCGUUGAGCGAGCAAGCUGUCAAAGGUUCGGGGCAGAUCAAGGUCCUCGACGACGAGGAGAAAGAAGGGAUGGUGGUGGCGUGCAAGCUGGGGCGGGAGGUGCUGGAUGAGGCCGCCCGGGUUUGCGACGUGGGGGUGACGACGGACGAGAUCGACCGGGUGGUGCACGAAGCCUGCAUCGAGAGGGAGUGCUAUCCUUCGCCCCUAAAUUAUUACGAGUUCCCGGCGUCGUGCUGCACGAGCGUCAACGAGGUGAUCUGCCACGGGAUCCCCGACACCAGGCCCUUGAAGGACGGGGAUUUGUGCAACGUGGACAUCACGGUCUACCACAGAGGGUUUCAUGGAGAUCUGAACGAGACGUUCUUCGUGGGGAACGUGGGGGAGAAGCACAAGGAUCUGGUAAAAGUGACGCACGAGUGCCUUAUGAAAGCCAUAGCGAUUGUGAAGCCGGGGGAGAAAUACAGGGAGAUCGGGAACGUGAUCCAGAAGCACGCUCAGGCGCAUGGGUACUCGGUGGUGAGGAGUUACUGUGGGCACGGGAUUCACAGGUUGUUCCACACUGCACCCAAUGUCCCCCACUAUGCAAAAAACAAAGCGGUCGGGGUGAUGAAAGCUGGACACUGCUUUACCAUAGAGCCCAUGAUUUCCAUGGGGACUUGGCGCGACGAAAUGUGGCCCGAUAAAUGGACCGCCGUGACGGCGGACGGGCAAUGGUCGGCCCAGUUCGAACACACGCUUCUGGUCAAUGAAACAGGCUGUGAAAUCCUCACGAGACGUCGGAACGCUGAUGGGAGCCCCCAUUUCAUGGACAAAAUAUAAAAGCCGCGGUUCUUUCAGGUUUAAAUCUACGGAAUUGUAAUGUUGAAUAAAUUAGUUUGCACCA